CCGGAAUCGGCGCGGGACAGUGGCAAGUUGAGCUGGACACCCUUGUUCCGCUCAUUCGAACCGAGGCCACCAACUGCCUACCUACACGGGUACCUACCUACCUAUAUACAUGUCAUACUUCGUAGCAUCGGAGAGUGUGUUGUAGGAGACAACGGAUGCAACUUCAGGACGAUAUAGCCCAAUUCGAUUUCCGCCAUGCCAAGGAUUGUCGUGAUCGGAGCCGGGGUGUCGGGACUCACCUCAGCACUUCUACUGUCGGAAAAUAAAAACAAUGCCGUCACAGUGGUUGCCAAACAUAUGCCUGGCGACUACGACAUUGAGUAUACUUCGCCAUGGGCUGGAGCAAAUGUCUUGCCGAUGUCACAAAAAUCAGACAGUCAGUGGGAGAGACGCACCUGGCCCGUGUUAAGGCGGCUGGCAGCCGAGGUUCCUGAGGCUGGGAUACAUUUCCAGAAAACCCACAUCUUUCAGCGGCCCACGACGGCAGGGGCCGAUGACGAGGGCGGAGGGCUGGAUCCGCUGUUCGACAAGGACCCGUGGUACAAGGAGCUCAUGCCCGACUUCCGCCCGCUGGCGGCGUCCGAGCUGCGGCCGGGCAUGGCGUCGGGCAACGAGUUCACGUCGGUGUGCAUCAACACGGCGCUCUACCUGCCCUGGCUGGUGGGCCAGUGCCGCGCACGCGGCGUCGUCUUCCGCCGCGCCGUCCUCGCCCACGUGUCCGAGGCCGCGUCACUCGCCGGAGGCGGAGGCGGCUCCCCCGCGGACCUGGUGGUCAACGCGACGGGCGUGCUUGCCUGCCGGCUCGGCGGCGUCAUGGACGCCAAGGUGUGCCCAGCGCGGGGGCAGGUGGUCGUGGUGCGCAACAGUCUCCCCGUCAUGAUCGGAGUGCAGUGCGGCCGCGGCCCCGCAGAUAGGCCCGACGAGCUCAUCUACAGCAUGGAGCGCGCGGCCGGCGGCGGCACGGUCCUGGGCGGCAGCUAUGAGAAGGGCAACUGGGACCCCAACCCGGACCCGAACCUGGCGCUGCGCAUCAUGACGCGUGUCGUCGAGCUGUACCCCGAGAUCGCAGGCGGCAAGGGCGUCGCGGGCCUGGACGUGAUCCGGCACGGCGUCGGUCUGAGGCCGUACAGGGAGGGAGGGGUUCGGGUCGAGACCGAGGUGUUGGACGGCAUGGACUGCCCUGUCAUUCACAACUACGGCCACGCGGGCUGGGGCUAUCAGGGGUCCUACGGGUGUGCUGAGCGGGUCGUGGAGCUUGCGGAUGAGGUUUUUGCGCGUGGCGCUGGUCUCAAAGCGAAGCUGUGAGGGGAUGGUGUUGCGAUCAAUGAAUAUCACUUAGGACAGAGUGAAUGGUGGCAAGGCAUGAUUCCAGCGAUAAAGGGGAGAAGAUGGGGAGGGAAUAAAUGCACCGAGCUUAGACCCUAACCCUGUU